CACCCCAACCCACCCAAAAAAAUCACACCCCCCUCCAAUGGCUAUACCCCUCCUUCCCCCUCCCUUCCUCCAAUGUCGUCCACCCCCACCCCCUCCUCCAACUCCAACCCUCACUCCCCCACUAAUUAUCUAACUACCCUCGGCCUCGGCUACGGCAUCGCCAUUUCUCUCGGCUUCCUCGUCCUCUUCUCCACCCUUCUCCUCGCCUCCUACAUCUGCUGCCGCGUCUCCCGCCACCGCCACCACCACCACCACCAGCCGCCUCAGCGCCAGAACCCGAAUCCGAGCCCCGAAGGCGUCAUCCUCCCCCGCAUCAUCUUCGUCGCCGAAGACGACAACGAGCAGCAGCAGCAGGAUGAUGAUGAGAACGCCGUCGUCGGGCUCCACCCGAGCGUCAUCAAUUCCUACCCCAAGUUCCCGUUUUCCAAGGAGGCGUCGACCCCCGAUUCGUCCACGUGCUCCAUCUGCCUCUGCGACUACAAGGACGCCGAGAUGCUCCGGAUGAUGCCGGAGUGCCGGCACUACUUCCACCUGUUGUGCCUCGACGCGUGGCUCCGGCUCAAAGGAUCGUGCCCGGUUUGCCGUAACUCGCCGCUGCCGACGCCUCUGUCAACUCCGUUGCAGGAGGUUGUGCCUUUGUCUCAGUACCCGGCCGAUCGGAGAUGGAGGAGGUGACAUAUUGCCCAUUGAUUGGAUUUCUGUUUUUUUUUUUUCACUUUCUUUAUUUAGUUUUGGGUUUUAUUUUUUCUUUCGAUUGUGUUAGUUUUCAGUGGGGUGUAUCGAGUGGUUGCUUGGUUUCGGGAGAUUAGGAAAUGUAAAUUUUUUUGGGGUUUUGAAAUUGGUGAAAGUGGAUUAUGCAACAAAAAAACUGAAAUUUAAGGGAUUUGUUUUAAUGUUAAUCAACUUUUUUA